AUAAGUCGCCUGCGUAGUCGAAUGCCACCUAACCACAUUUACUACAGGAAACCACGAUGUCUAGCUCAUCUUCAUCUUCUGAAAGCUCUUCUCGGACGCACAGCCUUUCUUCAACCUCCCUGUCGUCUUCGAGAUCUAGUUCAUCCUUCUUCAACCAAGGUUCUGAUGCUUCCAGCUUACUUACGGAGGUUUCGAGCAGUCCCCCAGGCUCUCCGAAUCUGCAAACAUCGUCCCAGAAGACCAAAGAUUUCAUCGCUGCUGCAUCCGCAAAGCUGUCCAAAGCCCGCGAGCAGGUCUCGCAUGCGCUCAGCGAUGCCACUCCUAGAGAUUCAAAGUUCCGUUCUCCAAUAAACCCUGCUAUUGUCGAGGAGGAUGUGGGAUAUGAGUCGGAUGGUGAUAUUUGCGGGGCGAAUAUGAGAGUUCCUCCAAGCCCCCAAAAGGCAAGACCCAAGUUCCUACGGGUGGACACAAAACAACGCAAACGAGCUGCUUCCAUUCUGUCCCUCCACCCGUUCAGUGUUACCACCAAAGCCAUCGCUCUUAACUCAAAUACUACUCACAAACGCUCGCUCGCUCGUCUUGAUACUAUUUCUAACACACGCGCUGUUCCGGAUUAUGAACUCACCACUAUGACGCUAUCGAAACCGCCUACUGGACUUGGCCUGGCUCUACCGUCAGUAUACCUUUCGGAGCCUAUCCCUCGCGCCUGCACAAUGCCAACAAUGAAGUCUUCCUCUGGACACAAUUUGAAAGACUCACUUCCGGAUCGCCCGCCAAACCUGCCGCCGCAGACUUCCUAUCUGCGUGAGCCUCCGAGGGUUUACCUUCGCCCCAUAGAGCUCCCUGGUACACCUUCCCCUAUGGAGCACCUGCCUCCUAGCAUCAUCGUGUGUGAGGGUCUGAGUGAAGUGGUUAAGCGAUCAUCGUCUGUGCUUCCUUCGCCUCCCGAAGGAUUGUCUCCACUCUGGACGCUCCCUCCCCUUAUUGGCUUCGCACCGCCUGAAACAAUGCCUCAGAGUCCGCUUCUACUUGGUAAGGGCGGUGGAGACUGGAAUCCAUACUUCCCUUCCAUCUAGCACCAUUGAACAACCCGCGCGUCAAAUCUAGAUGAUAACUUUG